UGUGCAGGUAAGACCUUGGGGAAGGAGCCCCGCCACGCGAAAAAUGUCUCGGAUGUUCACCCCGCCACACCCACUGCCCUCUCAUUCGCGCCGCACCCCAGAACCCACAACUACUCUUUACGGACAACUUUAGGAGCUCCAGACUGCCCGGCCAGCGCGUUAAGUCGCCAACGUAUACCCUCGAAAACUCCAGCAUCAACGAACACGACGAGCUCCCCAUCACGAACCAGCACUCGCUCGCGAUCCCAACCCCUACGUCUACGUCUAUUCGAGCUACAAAUGGUGCAGAUGCUAUACACCCAGAACUACUACUCCGUCCUCGGCCUCGCGUCCCCAACGCUACGCUCCUCGUCCUCCGAUAAUAAUGCCUCCGCCUCCCUAUCCGCCUCCCUAUCCCCAACCGCCAUCCGCCGCGCCUACAAAACCGCCCUGCUGAGCGCGCAUCCGGAUAAAGCAGCACAGGGAUCUACCGUUGCAGGACAGAUGCACACGCAGCACGUCGUCGGGGGAGGGGUGGAGACCCGCGGUGCUGCACGACCGGAACGCAGCGCGGAAGGCACAGGGAAAGGAACACACACAUACACCGUGGACGAUGUCAAGCAGGCUUUUUCCGUCCUAGGAGACGCGGCGCGGAAGCGGGAGUAUGAUCGCUGGCUCGCUGCUCAACCGCUGCACGGGAGUCGUGGGGAUGGGAGUGGGAGUGGGAUGGGGAGGGAUUUCGUCCUCGGGCUCGAGGUGCUGGAUUUGAGUGAUUUUGAGGUCGUGGCGCGGGAUUGCUCUUCGGAGGAGGGGGGUACGCCCACAAGUUUUUCUGGAGAAGGAGAUGAUGAGGUGCAGUGGGUUAGGCCGUGUCGCUGUGGCGCGGAGAAAGGGUUUAGGAUAAGUGAGGGCGAGUUGGUGGAUGUGGAGCGCAGGGGCGGGAGGGAGGUGCUUGUGGGUUGUGAGGGGUGUAGUUUGUGGGUUAGGGUCGGGUUUGAGGUUGAGGUUGAGGAGAGGUAGGGGGAGGGGGUGGUUUGCUUUGGGAAAUGUGAUGUGAUAAGAGGAAGGGGAUAGGGGAGGGAUAUGAGGAGGGAGGGACAGAGGCCAGACUGGUCGGUCUUCUGCCCCGAGGGAGAUACGUCUGAGGCGCUCACUGCUGUUCAGGGGA